AUGGGGAGGUCGGCGGUGGCCGGAGGCGGCGGUGCAGGGGCGCGUCAGUGGCUCCAGUGGCUGGGGCUCUGCUUCUGGGCGGCGGGGGCUGCGGCUGCCCGAGGAGCCGACAGUGGUGAAGCCCUUCCUGACUCCAUCCCAUCGGCUCCAGGGACGCUGCCCCAUUUCAUAGAAGAGCCAGAUGAUGCCUACAUCAUCAAGAGCAACCCGAUUGCGCUCAGGUGCAAGGCCAGGCCGGCCAUGCAGAUAUUCUUCAAAUGCAAUGGCGAGUGGGUUCACCAGAACGAGCAUGUCUCGGAGGAGAGUCUGGACGAGAGCUCAGGCUUGAAGGUGCGGGAGGUGUUCAUCAACGUCACCAGACAGCAGGUGGAGGACUUCCACGGGCCGGAGGACUACUGGUGCCAAUGUGUGGCCUGGAGCCACCUGGGCACCUCCAAGAGCAGGAAGGCCUCUGUGCGCAUAGCCUAUUUACGGAAAAACUUUGAGCAAGAUCCUCAAGGAAGGGAGGUUCCCAUUGAAGGCAUGAUCGUGUUGCACUGCCGCCCGCCAGAGGGCGUCCCUGCGGCCGAGGUGGAGUGGCUGAAAAAUGAGGAGCCCAUUGACUCCGAACAAGAUGAGAACAUUGACACCAGGGCUGACCAUAACCUCAUCAUCAGGCAGGCACGGCUCUCGGACUCCGGGAAUUACACCUGCAUGGCAGCCAACAUCGUGGCCAAGAGGAGGAGUCUGUCCGCCACUGUGGUGGUCUAUGUGAAUGGAGGCUGGUCUUCCUGGACAGAGUGGUCAGCCUGCAAUGUCCGCUGUGGGAGAGGAUGGCAGAAACGCUCCCGGACCUGCACCAACCCGGCUCCUCUCAAUGGUGGGGCCUUUUGUGAGGGAAUGUCAGUGCAGAAAAUAACCUGCACCUCCCUUUGUCCUGUGGAUGGGAGCUGGGAACUGUGGAGCGAAUGGUCAGUCUGCAGCCCAGAGUGUGAGCACUUGCGCAUCCGGGAGUGCACAGCACCACCCCCGAGGAAUGGGGGCAAAUUCUGCGAAGGUCUGAGCCAGGAGUCGGAGAACUGCACAGACGGACUCUGCGUUCUAGAUAAAAAACCUCUUCAUGAAAUAAAACCCCAAAGCAUUGAGAAUGCCAGCGACAUUGCUCUGUACUCAGGCUUGGGUGCUGCCGUCGUGGCCGUGGCUGUCCUGGUUGUUGGGGUCACCCUCUAUAGACGGAGCCAGAGUGACUACGGCGUGGACGUCAUUGACUCUUCUGCAUUGACAGGUGGCUUCCAGACCUUCAACUUCAAAACAGUCCGUCAAGGUAACUCCCUGCUCUUGAAUUCUGCCAUGCAACCAGAUCUGACCGUAAGCCGGACAUACAGUGGCCCCAUCUGUCUACAGGAUCCUCUGGACAAGGAACUCAUGACGGAAUCCUCACUCUUCAACCCUUUGUCAGACAUCAAAGUCAAAGUCCAGAGCUCAUUCAUGGUCUCCCUAGGUGUGUCAGAGAGAGCCGACUACCAUGGCAAGAAUCAUUCGGGGACUUUUCCCCAUGGAAACAACCGGAGCUUUACUACAAUGCAUCCCAGAAACAAAGCUCCCUACAUCCAAAACCUGUCAUCUCUCCCCACGAGAACGGAACUGAGGACAACAGGUGUCUUUGGCCAUUUAGGAGGGCGCUUAGUCAUGCCCAAUACAGGGGUGAGCUUACUAAUACCACAUGGUGCCAUCCCAGAGGAGAAUUCUUGGGAGAUUUAUAUGUCCAUCAACCAAGGUGAACCCAGCCUGCAGUCAGACGGGUCUGAGGUGCUUCUGAGUCCUGAGGUCACCUGUGGCCCCCCAGACAUGGUCGUCACCACUCCCUUUGCGCUGACCAUUCCACACUGUGCUGACGUCAGCUCUGAGCACUGGAACAUCCACUUGAAGAAGCGGACACAGCAGGGCAAGUGGGAGGAAGUGAUGUCGGUGGAGGAUGAAUCCACAUCCUGUUACUGCCUUUUGGACCCCUUCGCGUGUCACGUGCUCCUAGACAGCUUUGGGACGUACGCCCUCACUGGGGAGCCGAUCACAGACUGUGCCGUGAAGCAGCUCAAGGUGGCGGUGUUUGGCUGCAUGUCCUGUAACUCCCUGGAUUACAAUCUGAGAGUUUACUGCGUGGACAAUACACCUUGUGCAUUUCAGGAAGUGGUUUCCGAUGAAAGGCACCACGGCGGGCAGCUCCUGGAGGAACCAAAGUUGCUGCAUUUCAAAGGGAACACCUUCAGCCUGCAGAUCUCUGUCCUCGACAUUCCUCCAUUCCUCUGGAGGAUUAAACCAUUCACCGCAUGCCAGGAAGUCCCGUUCUCCCGCGUGUGGAGCAGUAACCGGCAGCCCCUGCACUGUGCCUUCUCCCUGGAGCGCUACACGCCCACCACUACCCAGCUGUCCUGCAAAAUCUGCAUCCGGCAGCUCAAAGGCCAUGAACAGAUCCUCCAAGUGCAGACAUCGAUCCUAGAGAGUGAAAGAGAAACCAUCACUUUCUUUGCACAAGAGGACAGCACUUUCCCUGCACAGACUGGCCCCAAAGCCUUCAAAAUCCCCUACUCCAUCAGACAGAGGAUUUGUGCUACAUUUGAUACCCCCAAUGCCAAAGGCAAGGACUGGCAGAUGUUAGCACAGAAGAACAGCAUCAACAGGAAUUUGUCUUAUUUUGCUACACAAAGUAGCCCAUCUGCUGUCAUUUUGAACCUGUGGGAAGCUCGUCAUCAGCACGAUGGUGACCUUGACUCCCUGGCCUGUGCCCUUGAAGAGAUUGGGAGGACACACACGAAACUCUCAAACAUUUCAGAAUCCCAGCUUGAUGAAGCCGACUUCAACUACAGCAGGCAGAAUGGACUCUAG